AGUCUGUUACCGCGAGAAAAGUGAUAACAUAUUUAAGUUCAAUGGCGGCAAACCAUUCGGAAAAUCCGGGAAUCUCUGUUUUGGAAAUUCACGAUGAAGAUUUAUUCCAUGGUGUUCAAGCUAUAUUUUCAGCCAGAAAUGAUUUUGUGACAUAUGGCGUACAAAGAGGGGGGAAGGAGAAAGAUGUCCGAAACCCUCCACGCUACUUGCAUAUCAUAUCGGCUAAGGCAGCUUUAUACAAUGAUUAUGUGAGGAAACUAGUCAAUGAAUCCCACAGUGUGUUUUUAACCUUAAAUACAAGAAUUCCUGGCAUGCAAGAUGAAAGACAACGAUUAGAAAUUGCAAAAACUAGCCAAAAGUAUCGAUGUGUUCUGUUAGCAUGUAUUGAGGAACUGCACUCUGCAAUUGAAUCUACAGGGGAUGAGGAAUUGAUUGAUCUUCGACAAAUGUUCUCAGACAUUGAAUUGCUGUGGCAUUUGCUUCAGUCUUUAAUUAUUGACACACAUUCAGGUUCAAGAGUGUUAUACAAACUUUUAGAUUGGAUCAAAUGGCAUUUUGUAUUUGCUGAAAAGAAAAGGGAAGAUUUAAUUCAAACAGAAGAACCUUGUCUUCACCCUGAUUAUUGGGAUACUAUAAUUCACUUCUUAUUGCAAGGGAAAAUAGCUCCUGCUCGAUCUUUACUUUCCAUGCACCAAAAAUCUAAAAGAGAAGAUUUUAUUAGCCUUGAUGAGCUAAUGAAGAAGAUGCCUAUGUAUGGAGCUUCCAGUGGAAUUUCCCUCAAUGAAUUUCGCAUAAGAUGGAAACAUUGGCAAGAAGAAUGCAAGACCAGACUUGGGAGGGGUGAAUUUUCCUCUGAUGGCAACUUGGUAACUGUUUGCAAGAUUUUGUGUGGUGAUUAUGAAGCUUUAAGUGCUAAAAGUAAUUUAUGUGAAAAUUGGUAUCACCUUAUGAUUUCGGUAUUGCUUUAUACUGAUCCCUGCAUAAGUUUCUCAGCUUUAGGAGACAUAGCCCGUACAUACUACAAUAAUGUCACUAGUUCAUCAUGGAAUAAAUCAAAUAUAGUUGACUCUAUAAUUCUGGCUGCCAUGGAACUAGAUAUUAUGAGUGUCAUUAACUUAGCAUGUUCGUUUAAUGAUGGGUGGUGGUUUGCAGUUCAUAUAAUGGAUCUCUUUACUCAUGGAAACUAUAUAGGAAAUGGUUCAAAAGAUCAUUCUGUGAAACGUUUAAGGACCUAUCUUUUAAGGAAUUAUGCAGAUACACUUAUGUCACAUAGUAGUUUAUGGCAAGUAGGGGCUGAUUACCUUGACUAUUGUGAUUGUAAUCGUGAACUGUUGGAAUUAUAUUUAGAAAGAAUACCUAUAAAGACGGAAGUUGAAGCAAGGAAAAUUAUUUAUUUGGCAAAGAAGAGAAAUUUAGAUAAUUUAGUUAAAACUGUUUCAAAUGUAAUGGCUUCUAGAGCAUUAUCUAAUGGAAAACUUGGUACAGCACUAACUUGGGUGAUGUACUCUAAGGAUGUACGUUUUGCUGAUGAAAUAGCUGACAGAUGGCUGAAGGACUAUACCAAACAUCAAAAAGUAGAGGGCCUUGAGAUUUUUAAAAAUAUGGGUUCUUGUAUGCUUGUCAGUGAUAAACUUACAUUUGUUGGAAAAUAUUGCGAAUUUCACAAAUUAUACAGUGAAGGAGAUUGGAAAAUUGCUGCUUCGCUGCUAAUAUCAUUAAUUGCCUCUGGUCUAGCACCAACAAAUUUCCAAAUUAUUAUGCUACUUGAUGCUUUACCCUUGCUGGAGGCUUCAGAAAUCAUUUUUUCUCGUAAAGAAACCUACCAACUUAUGAAAUGUUUAGAAAAUGCAGUUAUGAAUAAGGAAAACAAAGAUACAAUUGGCGAUAGCGACCGAGUUAAUAUAAUUCGUUUAGCCCUAGUGCGAAAUCUAUCUAGGUCUUUUGUUAUAGAGACUGGUGAUUCUGAAUCGGAUGAAGAAAUGUAGCAUUAAAUCAUACUUUGUAUAUUUUGUGACUUUUUAUACUUUUGUAAUAAAUUAUUUCUUAACAAUAA